CUCGAGCCCAGUCUCCGAGACUGGAGUCUCUCACAGCGGCCGAGGCUCUCUCCUGGCACGAGAGGCGCCCCUGGGCCCCCUCGCGGAUGGGGGACGCUGCCGGGGACGGAGAUCUGCUGGACCUGGGCUUCGCGGCCGAGGCCACGGCGCCGGCCGGCGCCCGACGGCGGGAGGACGACUGGGACGCCUUCCAGAGCGCGCCCACCAGCGCGGCGCCGGCCGCGCCGGCGCCGGCCACGGCGCCUGCGGCCAGCGGCGGCCUCCUGGGCGUCGCGGAGGCCGGCGCGGCGGGCGCGGCGGGCGCCGCGGCGGCGGGCGGCGGCACCGAGGCCGGGCUCUUGGACCCGGCGGCGGCGCCGGGCGAGGCCCUGGAGGCCCCGGACCCGUACAGCGGCCUCGCGGACGCGCUGGACAAGAAGGGCGCGGGCGCCGACAGUCUGAUCUCCUUCGGGGCGAACGACGAGUUCGACCCCGUGGCCCAGGCGUGGGCGAAGGAGCAGCCCGCGGCUCCCAAGCAGGCGCAGCCCGAGGCGGCGGCCAGCAGAGCAGCCGUCGGGGACGACUUCGACCCAGACCCGCUGGCGCCGGAGCGGCCCAAGGCGGCGGCGGCGCCGGCCAGCGGCAGUGGGCCGUGCGGGGACUUGCUGGACAUCGGCGGUGGCGCCACGGGGAGCAACGCGCCCGCCGAGGAGGACGACUUCAUCUUAGACGCGACUCACGGCAUCGACCUGGAGCCCGAGAAGAAGCAGAUCUUCGUGUAUUUCAAGGGAGAGAAGAACGUGGUCGGGUGGUACUCGGACAUGAAGGCCGGUGACAUCAAGGAGGCCGUUCUGUGCGCCUGCGACGCCAUCAUCGACGGAGGCUUCGUUCUGAGGGAGGUGGUCUUUACAGGCGACGACGAGUCCACCGCCGAGCCCGCCGAGAACGGGAAGACCUUCGACUACGAGGACUUCGGCGACUUGCAGAACGGGCAGACCUACAUCAUAGAGGCGGCGCAGGAACGGGACGACCUGAAGAAAUUCACGGGCGACAGGUGGCGCCGCUUGAAGGUGCAGGUCGAGCCCCUUCUCCACGUGGAGGCAGUCAAGGCGAUCGAUCGGAUGAAGAGAGGAUCGAACCUGCUGAAGCACACUCACUACGGCUUCCCCCACCUCCGGCAGUUUCAGUUGAGCGACGACCGCAAGCGCUUGAUCUGGUAUUCGAGAGGGGCUAAGCGAAAAGAGGACUCCGUCAUCCAACUCGAGGAUGUGAUUGAGAUCAGAUUGGGACAGACAACCCCAGUAUUCUUGCACUAUCGCUUGCCAAUGCUGGAACACCUCUCGUUCUCCCUUGUCUAUGGCGCAAACGGCUCGAAGACCUUGGACUUGACUUGCAAGGACGAGUUCGAGUUCGACCACUGGGUCACUGGAUUAAAGGCAAUCUUCUAUCACUUCAAGAACAAACAGAUCAGCAAGGAGCAGCUCCUCGGGCACUCCAAGCGGUUCAAGAAGGCCCUGGAGAAGAGCAACGUCGGCAUCAAGCUCACCAAGUUGCCUGAGGUGAAGGAGAAGGGGCACGUGGGCCUGGACGACUGCAUCGAGAUCGUCGCGCACACGCCGCAGCAGCUCGACACCAAGAUGGAGCGCCUGCGGGAGCGGCUGAAGACCAUGAGCCAGCAGGUCGCGCGCCUGGAUGUGCACGCGCAGGCCGAGAUGGAGGUGGACCUGUCGCUUCUCAUGGGCCAGGGGCCCGCCUACUCCAGCGUGUUCGUGCAGGACGAGGACGCGCAGGACGAGGACAUGGAGAUCCGGCGCAUGCACGAGCUGGUCGAGCAGACCACCCAGGUCCUGCAGCAGGCCCGCAACGAGCUCCUCGCUCUGAACAGCAGGCGGAACGAGGGGCCCGCCGCCGCCAGCAGCAGCGACCAGGGCGCCGCGGCGAAGCAGAAGAAGAAGGAGGCCGCGGCGUGCAAGCACAUCGACCAGCUGCUCUGGAAGGCCGAGGUCGACCUCGAGAACGUGGAGGACAUGUACCUGAGGCACAUCGACAACGAGAAGGAAAUCGUCACGCCGUUCUCGAUCUCCAUGGCCGAUGUCAACCGGAGACUCUCGGAGGUGUCGUCGGAGGUCGAGGAGACCAUGAGGACAAAGCUGCAGGAGCUCAACCGCUGGUUCACGUGAGUUCGGCGUCACCCCAACAUACCAGUACUGUGUGUGUGUGUGUGUGUGUGUGGUGUGUGUGUGUGUGCGCGCCUCCUCCCCGGGGGCGACGCGCGCGCCGAGGAAUCUCAUAGCAUGUGCGUCGUGGCUGGCGCUUUCUGGUCAUACACCGCUUGGGAAACGACACGAGGUUUACAGACCACGCACUUGUAACCCACGGUAGGGUCGUUUUUUCAUCCCUCAAUACAGUCCAAAACCCUAAUAAGGACGGCGACUUUGCUCAGGGUACCCUUGCGUCCUUGCUCUUCCUUUUGCUCUUGCGUCCUUGGGGUUUUCGUCGUCCGCCGCCCCAAAAAUCCCAACUUCGGCUUCCAAGGGUCUUGCGUCCUUGAGGCGCGUCCUUAUUAGGGUUUUUGACUGCAUAGGAACGCUGGGACGGUCGGUCCCUGCCCCGCGUCUGCAGCGAGGCUCGGGCCGCCCCGGAGCGCCCGCGCGCUCCCGCCAACGUGCCGGGAGGCGGGGACCGCCGCCCGCGCGGUGCGCCCCCCGCAGCCCCGACAUGUGCUCGAGACUCGGCAUCGCUCGGACGUUUGUGUUUUUGCCACGGAAGGCCAAUCGAGGAGCCUUCUCGGGGCCUAAGAGACGGGGGUCAAGGCAAACGGGGGUCAGCCAGGGCACCGGAUCCUGCGGGAUCCUGCGAAGACCCCCUCUGGCUGACCCGGGUUUGCGAGCCGCUCGUGGCCGCGAGGCGGCCGCGCAUAUUGGCUGACCCGGGUUUGCGAAGACCUGCGUUGCAGUUUUGUUUUCCUGCAUCGCAGUUUUUGGUUUCCUGCUGACCCGGGUCUGGAUUGACCGGGUCAGAAGAUCCCCGACCUUCUAUCUAGGUCUUCCAGCCCCCGGCAGUCGAGGCGCUUUUUUCGGGCCCUCCUGCGGACAAAAAAAACAGCACGCACGAGGCCGCAGAAGGCACCGGGGGGCUGGACGCCCGAGCGAUGGCGAGGGGAGCAGCGGCGGCGCCGCGCCUCCCGCUGGGGGGGAGCUCUCCCAGUCGUGGCGUCGUGCCCGCCCCCGCGACGUGCCGCCCCAUGCACGGGGGGGGCAGCGCUGCCUCCCUCCGCUCUCCUCCCCCGCCCCCUGCCGCUAUGCCCUUCGCCCGUUGCCUUCUGCUUGGGCCUCCCGGGAGCACCUCGUCGCCGCCGCGGGAUAUUCGCCUCGGAAGCCUGGCCAGAGCGCACCCGAAGAGAGGUCCUGGGCGCUGGGGGCGUGGCGGCAUCGGCACCUCCUGGUGUCCCCCUUCUCCUCGUCCUCCCUCCUCGUGGGCAACGUCAGGGGGGAGAGACCCCAAGAAGC